UGGAAAACCUUGACUUCCGUAUUUUCUCUCCGGACGAGAAAAGCAUAAUCGUCCGGUUAAAGGAGUAUAAAAGGAGUAUAAAAGACCCCACUUGGCAGUGCGCUUCUCAUUCCUGACCUGGACUGAUAUACGCUUUCAUCCCCGACAUGGAUAUUGAGUGUCAGGAGCAGAAACGCCGCAGAUGUGGAGCAUGUUGCCUGGUGGGGUCCAUCCUGGUCCUGUGUGCGGUCUUCCUCGCCUGUGUGCCCAUGCUGGUGCAGCUCCGGUCUGCUGCCUUGCACCUUGAAGGACCUACAUCCAGUCCAGAUGAUCAGAACCCGAACUUUGCACUCUUGGAAGCAAUUUCAAGCAAGUUGGUGAGCUCCACUAUGCUGUGGGAUUCAGUCAAAUACGGCUCAAGGGACUCUGUUGGAAGCAACUUUGAGUUUCGGCCAGCCCAAGGUGUCCUGGUGCCCAAGCUUGAAGGGACUUACUUAAUGUACCUGAACCUCAACCUGUCAUGCACGUCCAGUUGCAGCCCCGGGCGCCUGACUGUGCUUGUGGGCGACAAGCUGACCUGCGAAGUGGAGCUGGCAAAUUCUAUGAGGGAGAUCAAGCAAUGCUGUGUACAGACUCGGAUGGAGAGCAACACCCCGCUGUUAGCCAACAUGAGAGUGCCAAAAGACGGACUGCAGAACUGGAAGCUGGAACUUAUUGGUUCUAACUUCAGCAUGCUCCUUUUGGACAAAUGAUCUCAACAGAAUUGGUCCAGUUGAUCCCAAUUUCAGACCUCAGCAAGAGCAUUAGGGCACAGAUUUGGAGCUUACCUAAGGUUAAUAGCUGCAAUCAUGUACUUUCUAAGGGGUUAUGGGCUUUUACAUAUUUAUAUAACAUUAGACUACGUAUACUGCGAUGAGAUGACGACUUGUCCAGGGUGUACAUUACAUUCCGCCCGAUUUUAAAUGAGAUAGGCACCAGCGCCCCCCGCGAUCCCAAAGGGAAUAAGCGGUAAAAAUGGAUGGAUGGAUGGAUAGACUACGUAUAGUCCAGAUUGAUUUGUCAAAAAUAACUCUAUUUUAUGUUAACACUACAUUAGUGAUUAUUACAAUACACUUCAAGUUUAAUUGGAGUUGAAAGUGACUGGUUUUCUUAUAUAUAGAUGUAUGUAUGUAUGUAUGUAUGUAUGUGUGUUGACAUAUAAUGUGUUGACAUAAAACGAAUAACGUGCAAUGGAAAAAUGUAAGCGUAAGUCCAACGGGCCUGAUGAUUGUAUCCAUAUUAUCAUGGAAAUAAAAACGUGAACUGGG